AUUCCUCUCUGCAAAACCAUUUCUCUAUACAUUCUUGGAAAUACUAUACAUCUUUGAUUCAUUCAAUUAUGUAUCCUCACACAACUAAGAUAUAUCCUUCUUCUUUUCUCAUCAUAAUUUCAUUUAAUCAUUCUCUCUCUAUAUAAAUACACUAUUCACCCCAUAGUGAAAAAUCCACAACAAAGCACACACAAUAUAAUGUCUUCAUCUCAUAAUAGGAACUUCUCAUUUUUUCCAAUGGCCAUAACCCUAGUUCUUGCCUUCGCAAUCCUAUUUGUUUCUCCAUCCGUAUCCACUUCCCCGAACUUACUUGAUCACCCCGGUGCGAAAACGGGCUUUCAGGUAACCCUCAAACACGUCGAUUUCGGAGGCAACUUCACCAAACUGGAGCUCUUACAACGUGCGAUGAAGCGAGGAAGAAAGAGGAUGGAGAGGCUCCACUCAAUGGCCCUAGCCUCAUCCGAUGCCACCAUCGAAGCCCCCAUUCACGCCGGAAACGGCGAGUUUCUCAUGGAACUGUCAAUUGGAACCCCGCCGGAAACCUACUCCGCCAUACUCGACACCGGAAGUGACUUAAUUUGGACACAAUGCAAGCCUUGCAAGAAGUGUUACGACCAACCAACCCCGAUUUUCGAUCCCUCGAAGUCAUCCACCUUCUCUAACAUCCCGUGUGCCAGCGACCUCUGCAGUGCUCUGCCUCAGUCGUCCUGCGCCGACUCAAACUGUGAGUAUGAGUACACUUACGGCGAUUAUUCGUCGACACAAGGCACUAUGGCGAAAGAAACGUUCACGUUUGGCAACGUUUCGGUCCCGAAAAUAGCGUUCGGGUGUGGAUCCGACAACGAGGGUGCAGGGUUCAGCCAGGGCAGCGGGCUUGUUGGAAUGGGUCGGGGCCCGUUGUCGUUGGUUUCCCAGCUCAACGAGCCUAAAUUUUCGUAUUGCCUAACAUCAAUUGACUCCAGCAAGACUAGCACCCUCUUGAUGGGGUCUCAAGCAAAUUAUAAUGUCAACAACUCAAAUAUUGUCAAGAAAACAACCCCAUUGAUCAAAAGCACAUCAAACCCUACUUUCUACUAUAUUUCACUUGAAGGGAUCACUAUUGGUGACAAACUUUUGCCAAUUGAAAAAUCAACUUUUGCAAUAAGAGAAGAUGGGAGUGGGGGAAUGAUAAUCGACUCGGGCACGACUCUCACUUAUCUCGAGGAUAGCGCUUUCGAUAUUGUCAAGAAAGAGAUGAUUGAGCAGAUGAAAUUGCCGGUGGCCAAUCAGAGUGGGACCGGGCUCGAGGUGUGCUUUGACCUUCUGUCCGUGGACCACGAUAUCGAGGUGCCUAAGUUUGUUUUCCAUUUCGAAGGGGCCGAUUUGGAUUUGCCCGGUGAGAAUUACAUUGUUGCCGAUUCGAGUGGUGAAGCUUGCUUGGCUAUGGCAAGAUCAAAUGGGAUGUCCAUAUUUGGUAAUGUGCAACAACAGAACAUUCUAAUGAUUCAUGAUCUUGUUAAAGAGACUAUAUCGUUUGUGCCCACGAAGUGUGAUGAAUUGUGAAAAUAAUAUUAAUUGAAAUUUGAAAUAAAAAGAAAUUCCUUUCUUUCAUUAA